AUGAGCCCCAACUUCCAUUAUUGUUCCCACAACAACACCUCCUCCUCCUCGUCCUCCUCUACCAUCCCGACCUGCUACUUCACAUACGUCCCUCCCUCAGCACGUCGCUACUCGGCCGAAACUCCAAAUACUCCUCUGUCCGCCUACACCGACGACAUCUCUCCCGACCCGCACAACCCGCUCCUCGCCUGGCGCCCGUGCACGCUGCCCUUUGCACCUGCCGCCAUGGACGCUUCCAAGCUGCUGCAACUCCAGACCCAGGCUGCCCACGCUCCCCGGCCCAGCCCUGCCCCCUUACAGAAGAGCAACGGCACCGCCGAGUCGUCGUCCACCGGCUCCUCGUCAAGUGGUUCCAGCUCCUCGUCAACCAGCACCUGCCCGACGCCUCCCCAACUCUGCUGCUCGCGCUGCCGCCGCACCUCCAUUGGCGUCAACGGCAUGAUCCAGUUCGGCACCAACCUCUACUACUGCUCCCACUGCGCCUCCAUGACGGGCUACGUCUCUGCCGGUUGA